CCACAGCAUGCGUCUGUAUUAGGUAGUGAUGCAGCAUUUUGUCAAAUAGUUACAAAUAUUAAUUACGUUUACAUUAUUUAUUUUUGAGUUUUGAAACAGUAAUCCUUUCGCCGUCAUGGACUCGCUGCUCUCCAGUAUCUUCUCCUCGGAAAACGAGGAGCUGUACAUUUUGGACUGCAUGGCUUACAUUAUGGUUUUCAUGGCAGCCUGCACUUGCGUUACUUUACUGUUCGAAAAUGUCCCAUACGGGCGAUAUGCUACCAGCAGAUAUGGAUUUCCUGUGAAUGUCCGGUUUGCCUGGUUCGUGCAGGAGCUGCCUGCGUUCCUGGUGCCUUUGUGCCUGGUGGUUUGGACAUCUUCUGCGAAAACCUCACUACUGCCCAACCAGCUGCUCAUUGCUAUGUAUUUCUGCCACUAUGUUCAAAGGUCCCUUAUUUAUCCAUUUUUCAUCCGAGGAGGUAAACCAACACCAUUCGUCUCAUUUGCCAUGGCCUUUAUUUUCUGCAUCUAUAAUGGCUACAUGCAGAUCAGGUACCUGAGCCAUUAUGCUGAGUACCCUGCAUACUGGGUUACACAUCCAUGCUUCAUCACAGGGUCUGUGCUGUGGUUGGUCGGUUGGCUGGUGAAUGUGCACUCUGACCACAUCCUGAGGAACCUGAGAAAGCCCGGAGAGACUGGUUACAAGAUUCCCACAGGCGGAAUGUUUGAAUAUGUGUCUGGAGCCAACUUCUUAGGAGAGAUAACAGAGUGGGCAGGCUUCGCUCUGGCUGCCCACUCUGUUCACAGUUCAGCUUUCGCCAUCAGUACCGCAGUGGUCCUCACCAGCAGGGCUGUGGCCCACCACAAAUGGUACCUCGCUAAGUUCGAAGACUACCCCAAAAGUAGGAAGGCGCUGAUUCCCUUUCUCUUCUAAAAACACUGUGGGUACUGGAAGCCUGAGAGGGUACUGGUUCUUACAGGGGCUGUGAAGAAUUUUCCCAUAAUCCUUUUGUGUCAGAACAAGCCUCGAAGACGCCGAUUUUUUUUUCUUUCUCUGAAAACAAUGAAACACAGGUUGCGUGCUUGUAAAUGAGCUCAUCUGAGCUGCAAGCAGGCAACACUUAAAAGCCAUCAUCUUUACUAUUGUCAUUACUUUGGUAAUAAUGUCCAUGUAGCACAAAGUAACCUCAGCGAUCAUGAAGUGAAUGUACUGGAGGAGUUGUGUUUGCCGGUGAGGCAACAUUUAAUUCUCCUCCGGAGGAAAUAAGAUAGUGAAUGGAGCAUACCUCAGUGGUAAUCCACUGGAUUUAUAACUCUCUGCACCAGCAAUAAACAGUUUUAAGACCCUCAGCUGAUCUGCACAUUCUCCCAGAUGGAACAUUAACUUGGAAAUGCAAAGCAGAUAUUUUUCAUCCAUUCUCAAAUCUCAUCUGUCACAAACGCAUCUUUUUAACAUCCAUUUGAAUUAAAUGGAUGAAAGAGGGACUGUGAAUUAAGUCGUGCCUCGUUUUGCUCUGGAUGUCAUCGGCAACUUCUUCUACUUACCUCCUGGAGAGAGAAGCCACUUUGGAACGAACGCUAACUGCAUCUCUGUCCCGUAAAGACUGAGACUGUAGCGGGCCGGUCCCCAGCUACUGGGCUGCGGGGAAAUCAAAUGGCCAUCAAGCACGGCCCUCAAUAACUCACUCAUGCCUGAAAUGAGAAGAGGAGAGCGCGGCCUCGACAGAUCACUCCUGGCAGGGUGUCUGAGAAGGAGAGAGGGAAGAAGCGUAGGAGUGAAAGGGGAAAGUCCCGAAGGGCACAUUGAGCAUACAGUAAAUGACAGUGAAUGGAUGAUGCAGAGAAAAGAAAAGGAAUCCUUGGUAUCAAUAUUUUAUUCUAUUAGGGUUUUAAAAUCACUUUUACCAGCCAGAUAAUCUUGUCACUGUGAGAUGGGACUUUUCUAAGAGUUACUUUUUGAGGACUAUUAAUGUGAUCUGCCUUUUCAAGUUUUUCAGUAUUUUCUCAGAAAAGGUUUAGAUUGGGAACAGGUGAGGGUAUCUCAACACUUUGGUAACUUUUUUAAAAUUACGCUGAAGCUUUCCACAAAGAAGUGCCGGCUGCAGUUUCCUCCCUUAGCUUGUAUCGCUUUUCCAGUGGAGGACAAACACCAGUCGCAGCCGAGGUCGCAUCAUUCUGAACUUUAAACGUGUUGUAUUUGAAAUAAAUUUCUUUUGUCAUCAUUUCUCCACAUGGU